AUGGCUGCCAAGGCAGAGGCGAGGCUCGGCGGGCACCCAGCAGCGCUGGCAGGGGCCCAGGAGCAUGCCCUGGCUGUCACCAGGAAUUACAUCACCAACCCCAGGCUGACGUACCGGACGGUGUGCGGGGUCAACGGACCGCUGGUGGUGCUGGACAAUGUGAAGUUCGCCCAGUACGCCGAGAUUGUCAACUUCACCCUCCCCAAUGGCACCACCAGGAGCGGGCAGGUCCUGGAAGUGGUGGGCUCUAAAGCUAUCGUGCAGGUGUUUGAAGGAACAUCUGGGAUCGACGCCAAGAAGACAUCCUGCGAGUUUACCGGGGACAUCCUCCGGACACCUGUUUCCGAGGACAUGCUAGGUCGGGUUUUUAAUGGUUCUGCAAAACCCAUCGACAAAGGCCCAGCUGUUAUGGCCGAGGAUUUUCUCGAUAUUAACGGUCAGCCUAUCAACCCGCAUGGUCGCAUAUACCCUGAGGAGAUGAUCCAGACUGGCAUCUCGCCCAUCGACGUCAUGAACAGCAUCGCCAGGGGGCAGAAGAUCCCCAUCUUCUCUGCUGCUGGACUUCCUCACAAUGAGAUCGCCGCACAGAUCUGUAGACAGGCCGGCCUGGUGAAAAAGUCCAAGGACGUGAUGGAUUAUCACGAAGAGAACUUCGCCAUCGUCUUUGCAGCCAUGGGAGUGAACAUGGAAACUGCCCGCUUCUUCAAGUCCGACUUCGAGGAGAAUGGGUCCAUGGAGAACGUGUGCCUCUUCCUGAACCUUGCCAAUGACCCCACGAUUGAGCGCAUCAUCACCCCGCGCCUGGCGCUGACCACCGCCGAGUUCCUGGCCUACCAGUGCGAGAAGCAUGUCCUGGUGAUCCUGACCGACAUGAGCUCCUACGCUGAGGCCCUGCGGGAGGUGUCAGCAGCCAGGGAGGAGGUGCCAGGCCGCAGGGGCUUCCCUGGCUACAUGUACACCGACCUGGCCACCAUCUACGAGCGCGCUGGGCGCGUGGAGGGGAGGAACGGCUCCAUCACGCAGAUCCCCAUUCUAACCAUGCCCAACGACGACAUCACCCACCCCAUCCCUGACUUGACUGGCUUCAUCACGGAAGGGCAGGUGUACGUGGACAGACAGCUCCAUAACAGACAGAUCUACCCCCCCAUAAACGUGCUGCCCUCCCUGUCCCGCCUGAUGAAGUCAGCCAUUGGGGAGGGCAUGACUCGGAAGGACCAUGGUGACGUGUCCAACCAGCUGUACGCCUGCUAUGCCAUAGGCAAGGAUGUGCAGGCCAUGAAGGCCGUGGUCGGGGAGGAGGCGCUGUCGGCUGACGACCUGCUGUACCUGGAGUUCCUGCAGAAGUUUGAGAAGCAGUUCAUCGCCCAGGGCCCCUACGACAACAGAACCAUCUUCGAAUCGCUGAACAUUGGCUGGCAGCUGCUCCGUAUCUUCCCGAAGGAGCUGCUAAAGCGGAUCCCCGAGAGCAUCCUGGCUGAGUACUACCCGCGGGAGGCCAAAGCACCAGGCCUGCAGCACCACGACACCGCCCUGUAACCGCCUGCUCCGCUGCGGGCCAGCCCCUCACUCAGAGCCUAGUUACCAGCUCCUGUCACCCCCUCUGGGCCCCACGGCGGGUGUAUUUAUGUAAAGGAACAGCCCCUAGUACAGAUGGCUCUGCAGCUGGGUGGACUGCAUGAUAUUUACACAGACGGCAGCUAGUGUACUGUCACAGAGUUGCUGUCCCAGCACACCCCCUUGUGGCUGGAGGUAGUGAUGCCACAGAUCUGCCUCAGUUUCCCCAUGGCAAUUUUUGGCCUGAUCUGGCUGUAAAGGUGACUAGCCCUCUGGCCCAGCCACUGGAAAGCAUUCCACUUCCUUUGGGGGUGUUGCUAUUAUUGGAAACCAAAGGUCUUUUCAGCCAACGAGGUCCAAAUCAAUACCUGAAAAGAGCCCUAGAGUGCCCCCCACCCCUGCCCUGGGGUGCCUGGGUCCCUCCCUCCCAGAUCUCCUCCUUGUGCUUCUGGCUCCAGUCUUCCCAGCACGGCCACAGCCCCUGUCCCCGCUUGGCCUUAAGCCAUAGCAAAGCCGCCUGUUGUACCGCACAGUCUUGCCAGACGUCCUUCUCAUGGAGAGAGAUCGCUUCCCACCACCUGCCCCAGGCCAGGAAUCCUGGUUUGCACCCCCUGGCCUCAGCAACUCCAGGCCUGACCAGACAUCGCUAUUUACAAUGUACCAUGGGCUGGGACCCGCAACA